GGCGCCGCGGAGGGCUGUGCGCGCCCGCCCCGCCUCGCCGCGCCUGCCGCGGCCGGGGGAUUAGUCAGCAGUCUGCGGGCAGCCCCGCUCCCGCGCAAACUCCGCGGCGGGGGCGGGGAGCGGCGCUCGCCCCUUCCCCUUCCCGCGGCGGGGCGGCGGCGGGGCUGCCCCCCCCACACACACACACACCCCCCGCGGUCCGCGCCGCCGCUCCGCGGCGAGGGGCGGCGGGUUGGGAAGUCGGGCACCGAGGGGCUGGGAAACUCCUCCCGGGCACGGCGGCGUUGCGGGAGGACGAGCGCCCGAGGCGCCCCGCGCACGCACCCGGGCGGGCGGGCGCGCACACGCACCGCACACACCCGCACACGCGCGGCGGCGGCCCCGGCCCCCCGCAGCCGCGGCCGGCGGGGAGGCGGCGCCCGGCGGGGCUGCCCCAUGGUCUUGCGGGGACCGUGGGGGAGCUGCGGGGGCCCCGGCGCGGCGCUCGCUCUCCUGCGCGCCCUCCGCACUAGGAUGUUGCGGCAGGUCUUGCACAGGGGGCUGGGGACGUCCUUCUCCCGGCUCGGCCACUUCGUCGCCAGCCACCCGGUGUUCUUCGCUUCGGCGCCCGUGCUCAUCUCCAUCCUGCUGGGCGCCAGCUUCAGCCGCUACCAGGUGGAGGAGAGCGUGGAGCACCUCCUGGCCCCCACGCACAGCUUGGCCAAGAUCGAGAGGAACCUGGUGGACAGCCUCUUCCCGGUGAACCGCUCCAAGCACCGGCUCUACUCCGACCUGCAGACGCCUGGGAGGUACGGCCGGGUGAUCAUCACCUCCUUCCGCAAGGCCAACAUGCUGGACCAGCACCACACCGAUCUCAUCCUCAAGUUGCACUCUGCAGUGACCAGGAUCCAAGUUCAAAGACCUGGUUUCAAUUACACGUUUGCCCAUAUAUGUAUCCUGAACAAUGACAAGACAUGCAUAGUGGACGACAUAGUGCAUGUACUGGAGGAAUUAAAGGCUGCUCGUUCUUCUAAUCGAACUAAUUUUGCAAUCACUUAUCCGAUUACUCACUUAAAGGAUGGCAGGGAAGUGUACAAUGGGCACCAGCUCGGUGGGGUUACUGUGCACAGCAAGGACCGGGUGAAGUCUGCAGAAGCCAUUCAGCUCACCUACUACUUGCAGGCAAUCAACUCCUUGAAUGACAUGGUGGCAGAGAAGUGGGAAUCCAUUUUUUGUGACACUGUUGAACUUUUCCAGAAAUCCAACAGGAAAGUCAAAAUGUAUCCUUUCACUUCCUCUUCGCUGAAGGAGGAUUUCCAGAAGACGAGCAGGGUGUCAGAACGCUACCUGAUCACAAGCUUGGUCCUUGUGGUCACCUUGGCCAUUCUCUGCUGCUCCAUGCAGGAUUGUGUCCGCAGCAAACCCUGGCUGGGCCUGCUGGGAUUGCUGACAGUGACCCUUGCCACCCUGACUGCUGCUGGGAUCAUCAAUCUCACUGGUGGGAAAUACAAUUCCACCUUCCUGGGAAUCCCCUUCGUCAUGUUAGGUCAUGGGUUGUAUGGGACUUUUGAAAUGUUGUCCUCCUGGAGAAAAACUAGAGAAGACCAACACGUUAAAGAGAGGACUGCAGCUGUUUUUGCAGACUCCAUGCUCUCGUUUUCUCUCACCACUGCCAUGUACCUGGUCACUUUUGGAAUAGGUGCCAGCCCCUUCACUAACAUUGAAGCAGCCAGAAUUUUCUGCUGCAAUUCCUGUAUUGCAAUUUUCUUCAACUACCUCUAUGUACUCUCCUUUUAUGGUUCCAGCCUGGUGUUUACUGGCUACAUAGAAAACAACUACCAGCAUAGUAUCUUCUGCAGAAAGGUACCAAAGCCAGAGGUAUUGCAAGAGAAGCCUGCAUGGUAUAGGUUUCUUCUGACAGCCAGAUUCAGCGAGGACACGGAUGAUUCAGAGGAAACGAACACUUACGAGAGUCAUCUCCUGGUGUGGUUCCUGAAACGCUAUUAUUGUGACUGGAUAACAAACACUUAUGUCAAGCCUUUUGUAGUUCUCUUUUACCUUGUUUAUAUUUCCUUUGCCUUAAUGGGCUACCUGCAGGUCAGUGAGGGGUCAGACCUGAGCAACAUCGUAGCGACUGCGACUCGGACCAUCGAGUACACGACUGCCCAGCAGAAGUAUUUCAGCAACUACAGCCCGGUCAUCGGGUUCUACAUCUACGAGUCCAUCGAGUACUGGAACACCAGUGUCCAGGAGGACGUGCUGGAGUAUACCAAGGGCUUUGUGAGGAUAUCUUGGUUCGAAAGCUACUUAAAUUACCUUAGGAAACUCAACAUAUCUACUGGAUUGCCGAAGAAGAAUUUCACUGAUAUGUUGAGGAACUCCUUCCUGAAGACCCCUCAGUUUGCCCAUUUUUCAGAGGAUAUCAUCUUUUCCAAGAAGUACAACAAUGAAGUUGAUGUUGUGGCCUCCAGGAUGUUCUUGGUGGCCAAGACAAUGGAAACCAAGAGGGAAGAACUUUAUGACCUCCUGGAGACUCUGAGGAAGCUCUCUCUCACCUCCAAGGUGAAAUUCAUAGUUUUCAAUCCAUCAUUUGUGUACAUGGAUCGUUAUGCCUCUUCAGUGGGAGCCCCCUUACAAAACUCCUGCAUUAGUGCUUUAUUUCUGCUCUUCUUCUCUGCAUUCCUGGUGGCAGACUCUCUGAUCAAUGUGUGGCUCACUCUAACUGUUGCCUCGGUUGAAUUUGGAGUUAUAGGUUUUAUGACCUUGUGGAAAGUGGAACUAGAUUGUAUUUCUGUGUUGUGCUUAAUUUACGGAAUUAAUUAUACAAUUGACAACUGUGCUCCACUGUUGUCAACCUUUGUCCUGGGCAAAGAGUUCACAAGAACUAAAUGGGUGAAAAAUGCCCUGGAAGUGCAUGGGGUAGCUAUUUUGCAGAGCUACCUCUGCUAUAUUGUUGGUCUGAUUCCUCUUGCAGCUGUGCCUUCAAAUCUGACCCGUACACUGUUCAGGUGCUUGUUUUUAAUAGCAUUAGUCACCUUCUUUCACUGCUUUGCCAUUUUACCUGUGAUACUGACUUUCCUGCCACCCUCCAAGAAGAAGAGGAAAGAGAAGAAGAAUCCUGAAAACCGUGAGGAAAUAGAGUGUGUUGAAAUGGUGGAUAUGGAUAGCACCCGAGUGGUUGACCAAAUUACAACAGUCUAACUUGAUUUGUUGGUUGCUUUUUUACACUAGGUCUUACUAAGAAAAAAAAAGAGAAACCACUACUGACUAAAUGUGUGGGGACAGGAAGGAGUUUGGAGGUUUCCCCUCCCUCCUCUAAGCUAAAUCCAGGAAUAUUCAAAAUUAUGGGAGAAAUUAAAAAUAAAUUUAAAGAAUUAAAAGAGCCGGGGUAUUGUACCUUGCUCAGUUCCUGUAACAGGUAAUAUGGGAGAAUUUGCAUACCCAUGCAAAGAGAGGUUAAAUUUUAGAUGCAUGAAGUAAGAUCUAAUGGAAGAAGUUGGGUUCUUAAGCAGUCGUCUGCAUCGCCUGUACUGCAGAUGCUGCAAUUAUUGUGGCUAAACCAAAUCAUGUUGAAAGGUCAACUGUCAAGGCUGAAGUAGCACUAAAUGUUCGCUGGAUGUAAAGGCUUUACAAACUUUCUGCACAGCAAUAACUCAAGUCAGUGAGUCAGCUCUAAUAAGUCUUUGCCAUCGCAUUUAAUUUUUCUUUUCUCCCCUAAUCUAAACAUUUAUGCAAGACUAUAUAAAAGAUAGCAAACUGUACUGGGAAAGAAGGCAGUACACAGCAACCAAGUGCUUUCCAAACACUUUUAUGUUAUAAAUCACUUUUUUUUUCCUAAAAGUAUCAUUAUUUUAAAAUGGAAAUCAUCCCUUGUAACAUUUUUAAUCAUGGUUUUAUAGCUGUUUCUUUUUCUUAUAAAAACAAAAAAGAACAAAAAAAAGGAACAAAAAAAUCCAUGUGACUCUGUCACUCUAGAAAAUCUAUAAUUCUAUUUUAUACAUGUCUCACUACUAGUUAAACAUGUAAUCUGCUUUACCAACUGUAAUUUUGUUAGCACUCUACUAAGAUAUGGGAGUGGACCUAGCAGCAGACAGAAGAUGGUGUACUGAAUAUUUCAGCACCAAAAUCCAUGAUACAAACCUCAAAUAGUAAAAUGUCACCAAGAAAGUGAAUGUUAGGGCUCUUUUAGUGAGAGCCUAUUUCAGGCCAUUCACUGGUAAUGCACACUAAGAGGAUUAGUGGGUAGUUUUACAUAAUGUAUAACUUAAUCCCUCCAUCUUCCUAGAGUACCUGUGAAGCAAUAGACCUUGCAGCUAUGGGCUCUUCCAGGAGACAGUAAGAGUUGUGUGGAACAAACUGAAGGCUGGGACUGUGGUUUAGCAGCAGCAAGUUUAACAACGUCCCCAAAGAGCCCAUUAUCUAAGAGGCCUAUUGAAAACAUCACAUCUGAGAGGGGGGAAAAACAAAAAAAAACCCCUAACUUAAAAAGAUUACAUUACUGAGUCUUUUUGGAGCCGUGAGUUCUAAAUCAAUAAUUCUGUCAGCAUCUGUGAUGUGGAGUAAUACAGAAAAAGCAGCAUCUCUUCCCUCCUCCACCCCCUCCACCCAUAAGAGCGACAGGCUCUUUACUGUAAGGUUUUAUCGUGUGGUUGAACCAUAGUGGGGAUAUGUGAGCCAGUUCUGUAGGUUUUGCUGAGAGUAUUCUGACCAUACAUUACCUGUGAAAACCCAGCAGCAGGAAGGUGGCUGGUGUGUGGGUGGUCUCAUAUGGACUCGUGCUUUGUGGUGCAAGAUGAAUGUAUUCCAACCAGACUCCCUUUUGCAGCUCAUCUGGAAACUAAGAGUGCUUGAACAGUGUUCAGCGUUUGGCACAAAGUUUGCUUCAAUGACAGUUUCUGGAGGGGAAGGGGUAUUGCAAGAGCCAUGGGGCUUGGAGCACUGGGAGCACCAUGGCUCAGGAGGCUGCCUGUGGCACCUGUAUGGUCACCAGGACGUCUGUGGUCACAAACCCAGGGUGUGUUCAUUGCAUGAAGCACCUCUUUAGCAUCCAAAUCCUAGUGACCCCCAAAUGCCCUGUGCAAAACCUGAAAAUGCCACCUACUGAAUAUUAAUUUUCAAGAAAGGAGAUACUUCUGAUGCAUCCUUCCUAGCAGAAAAUAAGAUAACCACAUAUUUUGCCCUGAAGCAAAAUGUAACAUUUUCACUAGCAAAACAAGUCAGCAGUGCAGCUGGCAACAUUUACUUUCCCCUGGAUAAGUCCCUUUCCUGACCAGAAGAAAGGAAGCUGUGUCCAGGAAUGCACAGGCUCUUUGCUUAAGUAAACAGCAGUUGCUUUGGUAGCAGCUGGGAAGCUGCAGCUACAACUUCAGCCUUGGCAGAACACAGGCAGACACCUUGAAGACAGCCAAAUGAAUGUAAGGCUAGGAAAAAUAUCUGUUUCCCCUGUUUUCUUUAGACUCAGGCUUGGGGCUAUGUUUUCCAGCCAAAAAAAAUACUCCUUAACUCUACUUCACUGUAGAUUUUCUGUGAUCAUCAGUAUGUUGUUUAAAUACCAGUCACCCUGUCCCCUGGCUGUUCAACAGGCAGCUGCAGUGGCUUUUAAACUUCUGAGGGCAUUAGCAAAUUAGCUGAGAGUUACAGAGGAAUUGCAUUUCCUCUGCAGAAAUCUACUGACUUUUGGGGCACUUGGAAAUGGGACGUGUCAAAGAGGUUGUUUGUACACUGCCGAGAGGAAUACAUGGCAAACACUGAUUUUACACCUCUGCUAUCCCUCAUGCUAUCACUUACAAACACCAGAUGCCAAGAUAGUUACCAUAAACCUCCUCACAUCUAAUUGCAGUGCAUAGACAGGAGCAUCUUUAAAGGGAUAUCCAAAGACAAACUUGCAGUUUCACAGAUCUCUUAUUAAAUCUCACCAUGUGAGGCCUUUAGAGAUCUUCAAGAAAGGUGAUAAAACCAGGGAUAAAAUUACUUCUCUAUCUCCAAACCUGUCAGAAAAGGGAUGUGGAGGCAUUCCUGUGACAAAGUGCUGCAGAGAGGCUUGAGUGUCCACAGAAGGCAGGGUGAGAUGUCAAGCAGUCCAUGCCCUUGCCCCCAGGGCAGAGCCAACAACAUUUAAAUAAUUUCUGAAGGAUGUUUGUCCAGCCCAUUCCCAAAAGUCUUUUUAAGGGCAGAUUCCUGUCCCAGCAGUUCUCCCCCAGUGCCAUGUUACUCUCUCCAGUAACUCCUGCUAGCCACCCAAGACUGGGAUGGAAAAGAGAAGCCCUGCCCCUCUCCACACAGGGAUAGGACAGGCAGGAGCCUGGAGCAUCCCCAGAAGACAGAAAACCCAGAACAGAGCCAAAACCAACUUAGAUACAUUUUUCACUGUGUUUCACAUCAAGCUGCCAUUCUGUUCCCCACCUCCAGGGUUGGCAAGGUCCAGCCAUGGAAGUGUCCAAAGUGCACUCAGCCCAGGUCUCUGAGACUCCUGCCUGGAUCCUGAUGUGUCUGAGGGAUGCACCAAAUGCUCCUUCUCUGCAGGUAGCUUGAAUACCUCAACAUGAACCAUGUUCUCAAAGUUUCAGACUAUGCUAAGCCACUUUGGCCUUCCUCCCCUUCAACUUUUUCCUCUGGAGCAAUUAUCUUCACCAAAGUCAAUGGACCUCCCUGCACUGAUUGAUGAGCAGGUGCAGACACAGCGCUCUGUUCUCAGUCCAAAGCACUCCCAGUGGCUAACUGUGCAUAAGAUUUUACCCUUACUGGUGAACCUCCAGUUUGGAAGACUACCUAGGCUUCAGCAGAUUUUUUGUCAUACUCUUAAGUGGCUUUUUAGCCCGAGUAUCACUGUGGUUUUGUUUGCAAUAUAGAUGAUCCAAAUUUUUAUAAAUUCAGUGAGUAGAACAGAGUAUUAUACACUGUCAGGCACUGACUAAAAUCUAACAGUGAAAGUUUUAGCUAAGGCUAACAAGACUAUGUAGGAUUAUGGCUCACUGAGCACAUAUAUCUUCUACAAACAUUAAAGUUCCCAUACAGUAAGGUAUGGUGUACAGUAUAUUUUUACUACAGGGUAAGCAUGGGGGAAAAGAGCCAACCUACCUGCAUAUGGCCCUUAAGACCAAUCCAGUUUUCUUGUACUAUAACUUCUGAUGUUGUGUUAGCACAAGUCCACUUUCAAUUUACAAUGACUCUAACCGGAGAAAAAAAAUAAAGAAAAUUUGUUAUAGCAGGAAUAACUCUGCCAUAAAAAUUAAUUGAUGAAGACAGAAUUUUCUGCCCAAAGCAGAAAUGUGGAAGUGUUAGAUUAAAAUUAGAGCUGGAAAUGUUGAGAAAAACCUGUCUAUCAAAGAAAAAUAGCUUCUUUUCCAAAGACAAGCAAAUACACUUAUCAUGGUCAACUGCAUGAAGCUGGAGGGAAUACAGUACCAAAGUGGCCUGAGGUUAUGGUGAGUCAUGAGAGGAUUCACAUCUGCUCUCAGAAGCCUUCUGAGCCAGCGCUGAAUUCAGGUAAAACAUGUACUGUAAAUUGAAAGGUGUACUUUUAAAUGUUUUUUUCUAGGCUGACUGUCCUCCUGUGAGCCAUGAAAUCCCACAUCAGCCAACACCUUUAUUUUUAUUCAAAGGGAAAACAAAACUAAGUGGUGGCAUGACUGGGCAGAGAUCAGGGGAGUCCAGAAAGAAAACUGACUUCUCUGAAAAACAGAGAGCCAGCAAAGCAAGUGGGUUGUGGGAGAAGACCUGGUGACUUCAAAACUUAGCAAAGUGGUGGUUUUUCCUAUUUUGUUAACUUGGGGAGCAGACAGCAUGUUCAGGGAGACACAGGGAAGGGAAGUGAGUUAAUAAGAGUCAGCUCUGGGUUUGCUGUGGACUCCAGCAGGAUGGGAGUGUGGGAGGGGCAGGGACAGCACUGCUGUGUGGGCACUGGGGAUGCCAGACCGGGGCUGUGGUGCUGCUACUUCCUUUGUCCCCAUCCCACAGCCCUGCCCAGGGGUUCCUGGGGUGUGCAACCUGCAGAGAGCAUCAGCUCUGUGCAGGAACAGCUCCUUGCUAUUCUCACACUGUGGCAGCACUGCUGGUGGGUUUUACUGAACCAGUGCUUGCGUGGUGAGGCACAAACCCUGUAGGAAACCACUUUCUGGAAGCUCUUGAUUAGAAAGAAUUACCCAGAGCCUUUUCCUCCCCUGCCUUUGCACACGUUAAAACUCUGAUCCAUAAAAAUCAGAUCGUACAAUUCAGAUAUGUAGGGACAAAGUAUUUCUUCCAUGGCUUUAUCCCUACAUUUAUCACUAAAAGUACUUGUCAUUUAUUUUCUUAUAAAUAUUGUGAAAGAAGUAAGCCUUUCUGGGGUACACACAAGUCGGAUAAGAAGGAGGCAGAAGGGGGGAGAGCCCCUUCCCCAAGGUAGGAAGCAUCUUCCACCCGUGGCCAGGCACUACACCAUCGCUGCAGGGCACCCCCAGUGACCUCAGCUCUGUGCAGUGGGGAGGGCAACCUUAUUCCCCCUCCCCAAUCUUAUUAGAGAACAGGAAGAAGCUUUAGCUCCAGAUUGUGGUGGAUGAGCCCCCAGGACCCCAGCCCUUGUGAAACCCACCCACUGCCAGGAAAGCGCAGGGCGAUCUCGUUCGGUUGGCGUUUUUUGAGAAAGAGAUGGCAGGAGGAUCCCAGGAGGGCAUUUGAACAUAAAUUCCUGUCCAUGGUGCAUGGGGUGGAGCAGAAUGGAGUGCCCUGACAUGCCAGCCCUUGCCCUUUGUCCUGGCACAGCUUCCUGCCUGGUGAGGGCACCUCAGCACCACGUGCGCCUGCCUGGGGCAGCCGCUUCUCAGGCACAAAUUGUUCUGAUGUCGUUGGCAUUCUGCAAGUCAUUACCUUUUUUUAAUUUUGGGGGGAAAAAAAAAUAAAAUCAUCGGCAUAAACAAUUCUAGAUUAUUUAAGCUCCAAGAAGUCUUAAUCUGUGCAUCAAAUAAAUGGCUUGCAAGAUGUCAGGGGUUUUCGUUUAGGCUUUUUUUAAUCUAUUUUUACUAUUUUUGUAUUAAUUUAGGGGAAAAAUUGUAUAAUGAAUCUCAAUGUAUAGCAUAAGCCUAAAAUAAAAUGGCUGUCUCUC